AUACGUCUUUCUUUCGCGACUCGCACCGCACGAAAUUCCUAUUGAAUUUUAGAGAUAAUAAUUAAAUACUACAUUUUAAUCAAAUAAGUCGCAUUAAACAUCAUUGCCAUUUGGCAACGCACUAAUAAUUCUAUUAGUUUCCAAAAUUUUGAUGUUGUUCUUUAAGUUUUCGUAUUAAAUAAUACAAUAUAAACAUUGUAUCCCAUCGAUGGACUUUAGAAUCGAUAACCCAAUUUCGCCGUAGUUUUUAUUAAAAGUGGCUUUUAGUAAAGGCAUAUAGAUGUUGGGAAACUUGUGUUGAUAGUGUUGAGGUGCCGUGCAGGUAGUGAUCAUGUUUUUCACACCGAUUUAUAUAGCAAUGACCUUUAUAAAAACUUGGCGCAUCAGAUCGUUUCGAGCGCGGCUCCUGGAGUUCCUGAGCGGGAAUACAAGUGUUGCGUUUUGUAAAGUGCCAGAAAAUGCUGCAGAAACCCCUACUUUAAGUUCCAAGCUAUGCACAAAUCCAAAGAAUGCAUACCUAUGUGACUUGCUAGAUUACACAAAUGCGACCAGGAUAUGCAGUAUGAAGCCGGCUCAGUGUAUUGAGAUCAGUGACUGGGUGACAUGUGCUGGAGGCCUGCCGCUGGGCUCCGAUGAGCAGUCUCCCCUCACUGAAUUUGAUGUUGAAGUGUUAUUGGAGUGUGAAAUGGAGCCCCAUGACUUGAGUGCAAAUCAUUUAAUAACGCUGGAUUCUAUGGGCUUACCAGUGGCAUGGAAGGCCAGCUCUCAUUUAGCCAUAGUACUCAAAACAAACAUAGAGAACCUGAGUGCUGCAGGAUUUAACUUUGUUGGUAGUGACGAGUUUCUAAUUGAUCACAAGCUGCCAGUAGUAAGGAUACAGACUGUAAAGCUUACAGGGGAACCAAAUAAAGCUACUGAUCCCUCAAUGAGAAGUCUGAGAAGCGAUAUUCAACAUGGUUUAAAAAAUCCACCUGGGGAAUUCCAUUGGCCUGUGCAUGCAGCCCUGCUCAGAAAACUGUCCAAAGUUGUUGAUGUUAAGUCUGAAUGUAAUAGCGCCGUUAUAGAAAUGAAUGGUGGCAGCAGUAACAUGGUUGACACCACAACAAUCAGUAAAAAGACUGUGUCUCUAGCAGAUGUCAGUGUCAACACAACAAAGUCCCUCACAGAGGAAGACGAAAAAGACACUUUGGCGGCUGAACCACAUAACACUACAAAUAAAUCUCCAGAACGUAAAGCAAAGCCGCAAGAAGAGAUUGUUGUCGAAAAUGUAACAGUUGAAAUUCAGCACAAUAUAACACCUAAAAAAUCUAGUCUCAAAUUAGAUCUCAAGAAAGGUACUAGUUGCCUGUCAGCUUCAUUACUCAACAUAUCGAGCCAAAUCAAGUCUGUCACCACACAUAAAAGGAUAGUGAGCUCGUCUGGGCCUAAGAAGUCGCAGCCCCAGAUAGAGAGCUGUCCAGUGAAGGAAGAUUCAAAGGGCUCUCCUUCUCAUGGCACACCAAAGUCUGCCAAAACUUCCCGUCCAUUAGUCAAUACUAAAUCACCAAACAUAUUGAUAUAUUCAGAUAGUAUAGCUGCUAGAGAUAAUUUAGAAGCUUCUCUUAGAAAAGUUUUGGAUGCAGAUAGGUAUACGAUAUACUCUGUGACACGAGACGCGCUGGAGACGGGCGCGUGGCGCGGGCGCUGCGCGCUUGUGGCGGUGGCGGGCUGCGUUGGCCGCGCGGCGCCGCUGCUGCUAGCGCACCUGCUGGACGGCGGCCGGCUGCUGGCGCUGUGCUCAGACCUGUUGCAUACCGUGCUGCCCUACUACAAGACUGCCGAGGUUCGUGAGAACGAAGUAGUACAAUUCACAUUUGACAAGUGGAAGUCCGUCAAGAUGAAGCACCACAUAUUCUGCUACCAGGCCUCGCCAGCAAAGAAACAGUUUUCCACGGAAAGCGACAGGCAACCGUCUAAGUACACGGGGCACCCGGGCCAUGAGCUGGACAUCCAGGUGCUGGCGUCCGAGGAGACGUGGCGCACGCCCUCGCUGCUGCAGGCCACCGACCUCACCAACAGCGGCGUCGCCAUAUUCUCACAGAUACACCUGGAAGCCGACCCCUGCGACUACCUCGCCGACGAAGGCGUGAAGAGCAACGAGGCCCGGCUGGAGAUCAUCCACAAGAUCCUCGGCGAUAUCCUCGACCUCCACGUGCGAGACCCGCGCGAGAUCACGCAGCCGGAGUACACCAGGGGGUUCUUCCUAGGGAACCACGUGCAAAAGCUGGCGCUGGUGGAGGGGUGGUGCCCGGGCGGCGCGCAGCGGCUGCAGGCGCUGCCCGGGCUGGCGCUGCAGUGGUGCCUGCGCGGCGACGACGAGGCGCGCGCGCCCGCCGCGGACUUCCUGCCCGUGCACGUCUACGAGUGCCCCGAACACUUCUCCACCGUUGAAUACUUCGACAACCUAACAUCAAAAGAGUUGGGGCGUCUAGUGAUCUACGCGGACACGCUAACAACCACCAACGCCGUGACGGGCGGGCCGCCGCUGGCGCACGGCGUGGCGGCCGUGGCGCGCCGGCAGACGGCUGCAAGGGGCCGCGGACACAACGCCUGGAUCACUGUGCCCGGACAAGCUUGUAUCUCGCUGCAGGUGUGGCGCCAGAUUUCGCCGACGCUCCCGCUGGUGCAGCACGCGGCCGCGCUGGCCGCCGUGCGCGCCGUGCGCGCGCUGCCCGCCUACGAGCACCUCGACAUAAGAAUAAAAUGGCCGAACGACAUCUACUACGGGCGCGAGGUGAAGAUCGGCGGCACCACCACCGUCGCCAACGUCACCGGCGACAACGUUGUCUGUAACAUUGGCACCGGCGUAAACAUCUCCAACGCAGUCCCAACCACAUGCGUGAACCAAAUAAUCGAGCAACACAACAAGCAACACGGCACCACUCUAGCUCCGAUGACGAUCGAGAAGUUCCUGGCGCGGUACUGCUCGCAGUUAGAAAGGAUACUGGAAUAUAUCGACUCGGACGGCGGCGUGGAUGCCUUUCGCGAGCAGUACUACCAGUACUGGCUGCAUGACAACGAGAAGAUCCAGGUCCGUCGCGAAGGCGAGACAUCCCCGGUGGCGGGCACGGUGGUGGGCGUGGACGAGGCGGGCUGGCUGCGCGUGCUGACGGCCGCCGGACACGUCACCGUGGCGCCCGACGGGAACACCUUCGACCUCAUGACCGGCCUAGUGGCCCCGAGGCUGUGAGCUAUUUCAUCACCUAAUAGUAGAUGGUCGAUUAUAAACUACCGUUUUUCAUAGAAGAAAGGUGUUCGUUCAGUACGCCUCGCUAAGCAUAGAAUUGUACUCUGGGAGUAUAGCGAGGAAUUCAUAUGCCUUCCCGAUGUAUACAGAAUUUUAUGCGUGUAAUGCUCUUUCACUCUUCAUAUUUUAACAAAUAUAUAAUGUGAAGAGAAACUAAUGUUUAACACCUGAAAAUACUACUUACUGUACCGUCAUUCGUCUUCAAAAAUAUUUAGGUUGUAUGAAUUAGUCCUAGAAAUUCACACAGCGUAGCGCCUCCCUCCCGGUUCUGCGCGUAAAAGUAACUUGAAAUAUAAAGAAAUAAGUGGGAACAAAAGUUGAUUAUGCUCCCUUUCGAAUAAGUAUGAGGAGUGAAAGCCACAUAGUGAAUGGUGAGUGAUGAAAAAUGGUUAAUAAGGAUCUAGAAGCCUGAAGCAAAAGGUAGUAGGAAUGAUUCAACGCUAGCGCACAGCAUGUGUUCCAUUGGUUGUGGUCGGUGGUAGAAUCGUAAGUUUAUGACAGAAGCUAUACUAAUUAGUGCUUUAAAUAAUAAACUACUCAAAUGUAACUGAACGAUCAUAAUAAUCGUGUAAGUAGAUCUUAGAGCAUUUAAUAACUUGAGUCGCCUUUAAGAGCUUACCCCUUUGCCGAAAAACUUGCACAAUCGUGCAAACUUUUGUAUGGACUGACAUGGUUAUUUGUACGUUACGUACAAAUCAUGUAGCAAAUCAAUCAAUCAAUAUAGCAAUACAUUUGACGUCCCCUCCCCCGCAAAAAUCGGCAGACUUAGUACAGAAAAUGACAGCCAUGACGUCUCCAGUUACUAAAUGGACUAGAUAGAACAGCCGUAACACUGCCAGUUCUACUAUAUCUAAUACUAUCUAAGUAAAUUAAAUAUUGGAGUCCUGUUGUAUUUUAGAAUUUCGACUUGUUCUUGUACUAUCAUCGUUGAAAUACCAUUAAAAUAUAGUAGAAUUAUGGGAUUAUAAAGAAAGACGGUCAAUUAAUAUAAGUUUGAUGGAGGCGAAAUCUCAGUGCAAUAGAAUGUAUAUAUCGAUAUGAAUAUGUAUAUUUAAGUCAAUCCAGUGUUCAAACAACAAUGCACGAUCCGUAUUGAAGAGUGUGACGUUAGUAACAUAUGUUAAUUGAUUAAAUGACAGUGUUAAAUAUAAGUGUUUACAUAUUUAAUAAAGGGAUUAUUCAUUGUUUUAUAAUUAAAAUAAAACUAAUAAGAAAUUAUGUUGAUGCGUGGGGGUAAACCAGUGUAAACGUUUGCCGUUCGUGUUUUGUAGUCACACUACUAGUCAACUCUAUAAGUUUAUUAGGUCGGAAGUGCUUUUUAAGGGAAAAUGGCAAUAUUCGUAGUUGUGAUAAUUUUGCGUUCCACUAAUCUGAAGUUAGGUUAUGUAACCGGUGCCGCAGGGAUGUUGAGUUUAAUUCAAAACUCAACACCAUUAGUAACUUUACAAAGUAAAGCGGCAUCAUUAGCCAUUUAGGCAUGCAUUGCGUUAGUCAGGCGUUGUAGUAACAGUCGCGUAACGUAAUCUAGGCCUGAGUCUCCUCCGCGAGUCUCGUUUUUAUCUGAAAAUAAAUGCCUACAGUCAUACGAUACUAACCAUUUUGGUAUGUUAGUGGGUCUUUUUUAAUAACAAAACGUCCGUGAGACACAGACAUGUUAAAUAUCUUAAGAACGGGUCACUCACGUAUUUUAAGUCGAAAAACGCUCAACAUGUUUCACUCCGUACCGAGGAGUGUCAUACAAUCAAUACGUGAGUGACCCGUUCUUAAGAUAUUUAAUAUUAUCGCUGGUGGGGCUUAUGUAACGCCAUUAUUUUGGGGAGGGUGAUUUAAUAUAGUACCAAAGAUAGACAGAUUUUAAAUCGUAGGCCACUUUACUCACGCCUAGCUACAGUGAUAUCCUGUGUAACGACAACGGACUCGAGUGUGUUGUCCAUGAGUGUUAGUUACUAAAUGUAACACCAAGUACAUUGUGAUUUAUUUAUUGAAUAGCAAAUAAGUAGCAUAGUUAUAGCUAUAGAUACUUGACUACGUACCUACAUAAUCUCUACUCAUAACAUUUCGAUUGUUGUUGACAUGACGUUGUUCUCCAGUAAAUGUAAGUACGAGUAAUAUACAAAGUUAGGUGUAAAUUAAGAGACAUUGUCGCUUUUUUAAUUUGUUCAUUCAUAAAAUGGAGAAAUGUGCCUAAACUGUUAUUAAGUAUUUCGCAAACCUGAUUUUUACCGUUAUAUAUUUGUAUAUAUGUAUUGAGACUUUUAAACAUUAUUUCGAAAUAUUUGCUGUUUAAGUAUAAAAAUAGUUUAUAGACCAAAUUAGAUAAAUUUUAUGCAAAUGUGUUCCCAGUUUUAUCUGCUUUAUAGUAAGUCAGGACAACGGUCCAGAGUCACUUUUUCGAGCAAAUUUGAAUAAAUUAAUUGGAUUUCUCAAAGUAAUUAAUAAUAUCAAGUUGUUAAAUCACAAUGUUUCACACAUUAGUCAUCUCGCUGUCGUAAUGUGCUGUUUAGUUAUUUAUGUGUUAUUUAUUGAUGGGAAUUUAAAAUGUUAUUAAAUUAAAAUCUUGUUAUUAUCUUGUUGUAUGCAUGUCCUGUAAUAAAUUAUUUCAGAUUAAAAA